UCCGGCCCUUCCUUUCCUCCCUCCACGAUUUCCUUCUCCCUCCCUUUCCCUGCGACACCUCCCUUUAAACUUAGCUAUGGAUUCUCUCCUGGUUCCCUCGUCGUCUGUCUCCGCCUUCAUUUCCUUAUUUCAAGAGUUCUCCCUCUUCGCUCCAGGAGAGAUCCAUGGACCCUCCGAUUCUCUGAAAACAAAAGACCGAUGGAUUCGGCAGGGAGAUGGAAAAUUAGGGCUUCGUGCUGACUACUUCAUGCUGGACCGAGUUUAAAGUCAGAUCUUGGAAGCGUAUCUUGAUCGGAUCGGAACCCUGCUAGCAUUUCUCCAUGUCGAUGAGUGGUGAAGCAUCAUCCAGGAGUAAAAAUGUUGUCCCAACAUUCAGGAGUAAUGAUGAUGCAAUUAGAAGCCGAAGUCCUGGACCUGGAGAUGGUCUUUCCCGUUUUGCAUGUCAAGGUCCUCCUGCUUCAAAUACAAAGAAAGCAUUUGAGAACUUGCCGAAACACAAGAAAAAAACAAAUAUCAUUUCCAAAGAUGACACCAGUUUGGCAAUGGACUUAUGGCCGAGCUCAGGUGUUCAUCCUAGCUGGUUGUCCAAUUCAAAAGUAGUAAGAGCAGAGGCAAUGUCUACCUCAGCAUCUACAUCAUCCUCGACAAGAUCACCAUCAUGCAUAAGAUCAAAGGAGAUGAAGUCCAGUGAUUCCGAUUGUAACAGUCAAGGUAGAUACAGUAGCACAAGGGACGAUGUUUUAGAUAACAACUCUACUGCAUCCACUAGGCGGCAUACAGGAGAAGAUUUUCGCUGGGAGGCUAUUCAGAAAGUUAAUUCCAAAGGUUCCCCAAUUAGUCUAAGCCACUUCAAGCUUGUUAAAAGGAUUGGUCAUGGAGAUAUUGGCUCUGUUUAUCUUUCUGAACUGAAGGGAACUAAUACCUUUUUUGCUAUCAAAGUGAUGGACAAAUCUUCCCUUGUUAGUCGAAAUAAGCUACUACGGGCACAAACUGAGAGAGAAAUUCUUAGCCUUCUUGACCAUCCCUUCCUGCCUUCCCUCUACUCUCAUUUUGAGACAGAAAAAUUAUAUUGCUUAGUCAUGGAAUACUGCAGUGGUGGUAACCUUCACUCUCUUCGUCAGAAGCAGACCAAUAAAAACUUCACAGAGAAGAAUGCUCGCUUUUAUGCUACAGAAGUGUUGCUUGCAAUUGAAUAUUUGCACAUGCUUGGGGUAGUAUAUAGGGACUUGAAGCCAGAGAAUGUCCUUGUUAGAGAUGAUGGUCACAUAAUGCUGUCCGAUUUCGACUUGUCACUACGGUGCUCCUUCAACCCAACACUUAUCCAUACCUCAUCCUCUGAUGUAGAUGACAGUUCUAGCCCACAAGAAAUGCAAUGGAGUGACAAUCUUAUCCGUGGUUGCAUCCAUCCAACUUUGUUUCUCCCACGCAUACUACCUAAGAAGAUUCACAAAUCCAAAUUAAGCUUUGGUUUGAGACACAAAUCUCUUGUUGAAUUGAUGGCUGAGCCAGUAGAUGCAAGAUCUAUGUCAUUCGUUGGGACACAUGAGUAUCUGGCUCCCGAAAUUAUUCGCGGGGAAGGCCAUGGGAGUGCAGUUGAUUGGUGGACCUUUGGUGUGUUUCUGUUUGAGCUUCUGUAUGGCACAACACCUUUCAAGGGUUCAGGAAAUCGAGCUACACUUUUUAACAUAAUAGGGCAGCCAUUGAUGUUUCCAGACGCACCAGCUGUGAGCUUCGCUGCAAGAGACCUUAUCCAUGGCCUACUUGUGAAGGAACCACACAGAAGAGUUGGAUACAGAAGGGGAGCUGCUGAGAUCAAACAACACACAUUCUUUGAGGGUGUUAAUUGGGCACUGGUGAGAACUGCCACACCACCUCACAUACCUGAACCAGUUGACAUGAGUCGAUUUGCUGGCAAGGAAGCCAUUGAUCCAGUGAAGAAAGCAGCACUCAAUUGUGUCACUGGUGGCGAUCCAGGCAGCAAGUGUAAACCAAGUGAUUCUUCUUAUCUCAACUUCGAUUUUUUCUAGUCAGUAAAUUUAUUAGUACCCCAGCCAUCAUCAUGCAUGAUCAAUGUGCUAGAUUAGUAAUAGUUGUAUAUUAGAUUGCUGAAAGAUGUUUUGUAAUGAAUUGCUCUUAUUGCUACUCUUUGUGGAUUCUCUUUGUGCAAUCUUUAGCUC